GUUCAUUGUGUGACCAUAGUCACCGGUACAAGAACAAAAAUCGAACCCAACAUUUAUCCAUACAUGGAAUAUUAUCGCCACAUUAAAUCCCUGUUCAAACUUUAUUUCAAAGUUGAUCUAUGGCAACAAACAAACAUGAUAAAUCUUAACAAACAACGUGCAUUUUGAUCUACCGAUACUGCCUUCAAAAUCCAUAGAGGGACUAAGGUUGGGGAAGGAUCAAGAGCUUUCAUCGAUAGGGAAAGUAAACCGAAGCAGAGCUUAAAUUUCGUAUAAAAUGGGGAAGCGAAGUCUCUCCUUCAGUCCAUUAAAAACACACACGAUACUCUAAUAAGAAGGAAAGAAAAUGGUUCGCUGCUUUUCAACAGUUCACGUAGCUGUUUUGUUGCUGGCUUGGUCGACAUGUUCGACCGCUGCUGCCGUCAAUUUGGAGGGAAAACUGCAACAACUAACAGACACGUUUAACCAAUUCAAAGUAGAAAUGGCGGCAAAAGAAACGAGACUGCAGGCGGAAGUGGCUGAACUAAAGGCAAAAGUUACAGGACUAGAAGCCCAACUACAACGUCACGAGUCGUUGAUCGCAAACCUGCAGAACCCGACGCCAAAAAUCGCAAACGACAUCCAACCGAAAUUAAUCAACGGAAUGCCCACUUCGUGUGCCGAACUCAAGUCGAUUGGGCACAUCUGGAGCGGACUCUAUUCCGUCAUGGGUAUAAACAUGGUCGAAACAAUCUAUUGCGACUUUACCAAAGCAAUUGGAGAUCCAGGACUACAGAAAUGGAUCGGCUAUAACGAUGUCAAAUCGGUGCCAGUCUACUUUUACGUUCAAAAGGACAAUAGUUUCAACCUGACAAACACUCCGAUCCCAUUCGAACGCGUUUUGAACAACGUCGGAAACGCCAUGAAUGUAGACACUGGCAUCUUCACGGCACCCGUCACAGGGACUUACUUCUUCGCCGUGUCCGGAAUGGUAUAUUUCCCCUCUUCCCCUACGUCAAGACAAGAGAUUGGUUUAGCCUUGUAUUCGAACGGCAACGAAAUCGGUCUGGCUCUGGCUAAUGAAGUCGGCACUAUUGAACAAUUCGGAACUUACGAUAUGGAAUCGACACUCAAUCUUAAAUCAGGAGAUCAAGUCUGGCUGGCCAUCAAGUACAAAUCGACAGACACGUACGUAUUUGACAAUUUCCAGCACCAGAAUCACUUUACUGGUUGGCUUCUACAACAAGAUUUCAAUAACUCGGCGUACCACACGAGUGUGUAAAUCAAUGCCAGAUGGACAAAUUGCUGCCAACAACAAAUGUAUGCCUUAAUAAAAGUUUCUCUUAUUAUUGUUAUUUAUUAAUUGCAAUAAAUAACA